GCCACGUGACGGCUAAAAUUAGAUCAUCGCAAUCCUGCUUAACACCUGCCUAAGUAGUGCCGAGCAAUUAAGCUAAGUAAUACUCAAGCGUUCCUCCAGGAACGUAUCCUCCCGCUCUUUUGUCCCUCAUGGCACAGGCCAUCGCACCUGGUCGUCGGUCGAGCUUGGACUCUCUGGCAGACUCAUCGAUAAAUUCGCCAACCUCGCCAGCGUCUCCGUAUUCACCAUCUGCCAGUAUAUCCGUCCUUGAUUCAUCUUCAGCGCUUGUACUCCUUUCAAACCAAGAUGACCAGGACUCUUUUGACUUCAGUAGCGAUGAAGAACAAGAGGAACAUGACCCACAGCUGGAGAUUGUUAAGCUUGUCAUACCUCCUCUUCCGGCUACCACCGUCUUUCUGUACCUUCUGGCGCCAUAUCUUAGGCUUGGUGCCAUUCUCGUGCCAACCGGGAUCUUCCCUCUGAAAUUCGGUCUUUUACACCUCUUUGUUGCUGCAGCGUUAUCACUCUUUUCUCGCAAUCUAUGGUUCCUUCUGGCAAGGUAUCUACGGAAAUCUACGGCGGAGGAAAUAUUCCUUGAGAUAGUCGCAAAAGGUAUUAGUAGGGCCAAGCGUAGAAGACGUGAAAGGAUUCGACGUUUGCUUCUCUGCGUCACUGGAUUGUUCCGAAUUCUAUUGGCAUCUAUGUAUUUAUGUGCAUCUGUGAACGCCGUCUAUCCACUUCUACUCGCGGCACUUCCCGUACAAACCCGACUAAUCACCACUUUAGUGUCGAGCCUGCUUAUAUCUGUUGUAUCUCUUCCCAAAUCUCUAGCGGAUAAGCAAGUGAUUUGCACAACAUGGCUAUCGAUAAUCUUGUACACCGCAUCGUUGGUUGCCGUGCUGUACAACCAUACCACUGGCACCGCGAUGCCAAGCCCAACUCUGCUGCAACGUGGCGUUCUCUGGAAUGAUACCACGUCUAUCGCGUUUUCGUUUGCGACUUCUUUAACAGUCCCCCUAUCUGCUUCUCUGGCUGGUCGACCUUCUGCUCCAUCGAACAAAACGGGUAGAGGAACGUAUUUCCAGAUGCUGAGCAUCUUAUCGACAAUCUUCGCGAUUAUCCUUAUACUACCAUCUAUGUUGAUGGCUUCCUCGCGCAAUGUUCCAGGAACAUUCAGUGAUACACGUAAUAUCAUAGUCCACGUCCUCGGGGCAUCUUCUCUCUUGUUGGCCAUCCCUUCCGUAUUGGUUUCUAUCCCUCCCCUCCCUGUUCCCCUCGCUGUACGGAGAGUUUGCAAAUUGGACGUCAGCAAGGUCACUCUCAUAUUUGUUGUUGUAUUGCUCAGCUUAGCCCCUCCAUCAAUGGCGACAAUUCUUAAUGACCUCACUCUGUUCUUGGCCCUCACUGGAACCUAUUUUCUUCCAGCCUGGGCACACAUUAUUAUUCAUUAUUUCCGGCGGCCUAUAUCCAUCGUGAUACCUCACUCGGUCCCGAACACGCCACAAACUAUACACACACCUUCUCCUCCACCAAGUCCAGACCCCCUUCUCCAGCGCAAAGAGAAGCUACUUCAGCGAAGACGGCUCGGGAGGCGAGUAUUAUGGGAUGUCGGUGUUUGGUUGCUGCUGUUACCCAUCAGCCUAUUCGGAACGGUUUGGGCGGGUGGCCGAUUGUUCAGAAAAUGGUAGCUUUCGGCACUGCCUACAGUUCUACAGAAUAGCCUUUGCAUAUUUUCGGAGUCAAGCUUUGGUUCAAUUGUCACCUGUCGCACUACUGCGCAUUCCGCAUCACCCGCACUUCACCCUGAACAGUGGACAUUUAGAAUAGGUCAUAUCUGUGUGGACUUGUGGUCAUCCGAUAAGUUUGAUUUGUAUUUAGAACGCGGAAGGUACAAUUACAUGUGCCCCAAUUUUGUCAUUGGGGCAACGAAACUUGA